AUGGGUGUAAUGGGCAAGACUAGAUCCGUUGUAACAAUGAGUGGGAGAGUUAUGAAUGAGGCAGUGAGCUUCAUUGCCUUUUGUGCACUGGACCUCAUUGAUUUUCUCUUGUGUUUUGUUUUCAAAGCUGUGGACUUGUUGUUCGAAGCAGAGUUUAGACCCUGCUAUUGUUCCUCCACAAAGGAAGCAAUCACAAGCAGUGGGAAGAUCCUGGUUUCUGAACAAGGUGGGGAAUCCAAGAUCUUUUCCCUUAGCUCAACCAAGCUUCAGUUGGAGGAUAUCUCUGAUACCCUUUACUCUCGGCCUUCUUUGGUGUCUGAGGUGUCAAGGCUAACCCUCAAUGAGUUUAAACGCUUCAAGUUGGAGGAGCCACUUCUACAAUCCAAGAGAGGGAACUCUCGUUGUUCCACUUUCACUGUCAACAACACCAUUGUGGAAAUGCUCCAGGGUAAAAUUGGAAGGCAAGAAGUGCAUCCUAUUCCAAGAUGGUCUGAUUGUGAUUGCAAACUAUGCACAAGUUGGAUCUCCUCUUCACCCUCACACCAUAGCAAUAGCAAGGCCACUCUGUUUGUAAAAGCCCAAUGCCCCACCACAGAUGAAGCACAAGAGGAUGUGUUGUUCAUACACGGGUUCAUUUCAUCAUCACUAUUUUGGACAGAAACAUUGUUCCCAAACUUCUCAAGCUUAGCAAAAUCAAGUUAUCGGUUAUUUGCGGUUGAUCUACUUGGUUUUGGGAGGAGUCCAAAGCCUAGCGAGUCACUAUACACAUUAAGAGAGCACUUAGAUAUGAUAGAGAGGUCUGUGUUGGAGGCACAUAAGGUGAAGUCUUUCCACAUAGUGGCCCAUUCCUUAGGAUGCAUUUUAGCACUUGCUCUUGCCGUCAAACACCCUCAAUCCGUCAAGUCGCUAACUUUGCUUGCCCCACCCUUCUAUCCAGUGCCAAAGGGUGAAGCACAGGCAACACAAUAUGUGAUGAGGAAGGUUGCUCCGAGGCGCGUGUGGCCACCCAUGGCAUUUGGAGCGUCGUUGGUGUGCUGGUAUGAGCACAUAACUCGGGUUAUUUGCUUGCUCAUUUGCAAGAACCACCGUCUCUGGGAAUUUCUAACCAAACUUGUCACACGAAACAGGGUGAGGACAUUCUUGCUUGAAGGAUUCUUUUGUCAUACCCAUAAUGCAGCGUGGCAUACCCUACACAACAUCAUAUGUGGAACCGCGGGAAAAAUUGGAUCAUAUUUGGACGCUGUAAGAGAAAAUCCAAACUGUAAAGUUACCAUAUUUCAUGGCAAAAAGGAUGAGGUGAUCCCAGUUGAAUGUAGUUACGAGGUCCAAAGAAGAAUUCCACGUGCCCAUGUUAGAGUUAUUGAUAACAAAGAUCACAUAACUAUUGUUGUUGGAAGACAGAAAGCUUUUGCUCGAGAGCUGGAGGAGAUUUGGGGCACAACCAACAACUAG